ACAUGAGGCUGCUUAAACAAGCCAAAUAAGGUCAAACCGUGUCCCAGCUUUCCGACUGCAAUUAGCGCUAGAGGGUGGGAAAAAGUUCCUAAUAAGUUCGGGCAAGAAGCAGAAGAAGAAGAUAGAAGAGCGGAUUCAAACUCUUGAUCUCCGAAUCCCAGCUGUUUGCAUUUCCUCCCUUUCCCUCUCCCUACAUGCCCUUAACUCUCACGGAAUAGUCGCAGACUCUCUCGUUCAAGAGAUGCGACAUAACGGAGGCGAUCGCCUCGGUCUGAGAUGAGGCGGAGGGCCUUCGACUUGCGCAGACCAGCUAGGAGGAGAUUGCUCCUGGAAUAUCGGUUGCUCUUUGUGCCUUGCUUUUUAGGGCUACUAAUGCUUCUUCUCUUGAUCUAUAGCCGCGACAGGGAUCCGCGAUUCGUGCCUCUUGCCGCCAAGACAUAUCAAAACCCUGCCAUUAGCAUCCCUCAAGGUCUGAACAUUUCUGAUGAAAUGCUGAAUGUUAACUCAGUCACGAGGCAAUUAGUUGAUCAGAUUUCUCUGGCGAAGGCUUUCCUGGUCAUUGCUAAAGAAAGCAACAACGUUCAGUUCGCUGGGGAGCUAAGCACCCAGAUACGGAACUCCCAGGCUCUCCUCUCUGCUGCUGCAACUCGGGGAUCCCCCUUAACUACUGAAGAGUCUGAGAGUACCAUUCACAUCAUGGCUGUUUUGCUCUACGAAGCACAGCAGUUUCGUUAUGAUGCUGCAACUUCGCUUCUGAAGAUGAAAGGCCAAGUCCAAUCUCUUGAAGAUAAGUCUAGAGCAGAAGCUGAAAAGAGUACGAAGUUUGGGCAGAUAGCUGCUGAGGAGCUCCCAAAAGCUCUGUAUUGCUUUGGAAUCAGACUAAUCAUGGAUUGGUUCAAAUGGCCAAACCCAGACAAAAGAAUCACAUAUGCACCACAUUAUUUUGACAAACUCCGGGACAACAACCUGCAGCACUUCUGUAUCUUUUCGGAUAACAUCCUGGCAACAUCAGUUGUCAUCAACUCAACCACCACAAAUGCCAAGCAUUCUGACCAGCUUGUCUUCCAUCUAGUCACCGACGAUGUGAACUACAUACCAAUGAGGGCCUGGUUCUCCAUAAACAGCUUUGGAGGAGCUACCAUAGAGAUCCAGAAAGUGGAGGAUUUAAGCUGGCUUAAUGCUUCAUAUGUGCCGGUCUUGAAGCAGCUCCAAGAUUCUAAUAUGCAGAAUUUUUACUUUUCUGGUAACAAGGACAGCAAAACUCCAAUCAAAUUCAGGAAUCCAAAAUAUUUAUCAAUGCUUAAUCACCUACGGUUUUACAUACCAGAUCUCUACCCUGCAUUACACAAGAUAUUAUUUCUUGAUGAUGAUGUCAUUGUUCAGAAAGAUCUCUCGGAACUGUUCUCAAUUGACCUGAGUGGAAAUGUUAUGGGAGCUGUUGAAACUUGCAUGGAGACAUUCCACAGGUUCCACAAGUACCUGAACUUCUCACACCCAUUGAUCCGUGCAAACUUUGACCCUGAUGCUUGUGGAUGGGCUUUUGGAAUGAAUGUGAUUGAUCUUAUGGAGUGGCGAAGGAGAAAUGUGACAGGAAUCUACCAUUACUGGCAGGAAAGAAAUGCGGAUCACACAUUAUGGAAGCUAGGGACUUUGCCGCCGGGUUUACUGUCAUUUUAUGGACUAGUUCAGACCUUGGAUCCAAAGUGGCAUGUCCUUGGUUUAGGGUAUACAAACGUACAUCCAUCUUUGAUUACUGAGGGUGCAGUUCUGCACUACAAUGGAAACAUGAAGCCUUGGUUGAAGAUUGGAAUGGAGAAAUAUAAGGGGCUCUGGGAUAUGUAUGUAGACUAUUCUCACCCUUUGCUGCAGCAUUGUUUUGUGCAUUGAUAGGUUAAUUGUUCUUCUGUGUAGUUGUUGGAGCAGAAGCAGGGUAAGAUGAUCAUUCUUUCUUUCUAAUUAUUGAGAAGACUUUUCUUCCAAAAUUUUGCCUUCCCCUUUGCUGGGUCAAUUGUUUUUUAUCGGUGAUAUAUAUGGGUGAGUUUUAUAGCCUUAGAAGACUCGCCACAAAGUUCUGAAUCAUGGAUGUUUCUUUUUAGUUACGAAUUAGUAAUAGACGUUUUAAUAUCGAAGGUAAAGC